UCUCGUAAAUACUACACAUAAUAUGGCAGCUUUGUUUGCUUGUACAAAAUGUCACACUAGGCAUCCAUUUGAAGAAUUAUCUCAAGCCGAACAACUGUGUAAAGAAUGUCGAAGCAAUUUCCCAGUGGUGAAGUGUACUUACUGUAGAGCAGAGUUCCAACAAGAAGACAAGAGCAAUACCAACUCCAUUUGUAAAAAGUGUGACCAGAAUGUCAAAGUCCAUGGAAAGCCUUCAGUAUGUGAAUAUUGUAAUAUUCUUGCUGCUUUCAUUGGAAAUAAGUGUCAGAGAUGUGCCAAUUCAGAACGAAGAUGGGGCCCACCAUUAACUUGUGAACAGUGUAAACAGAAAUGUGCAUUUGACCGCACAGAUGGAACAAGGAAAAAGGUUGAUGGGAAGCUGUUAUGUUGGUUAUGUACUCUAGCUUAUAAACGAGCACUAGCGAAGGCAAAACAACGAAAAGAUGAGGACAGAAAAAAUCUAGGAUCUCUGAGGCAAGGGAAAGAAAAAUCUGAUAAGGCAGAAAAAUUGUUUGACAGUAUUGUGGGUAAAAAUAACAGCAAGCAGGAAGAUAGCUCAAAACAUGACAGUGGUGGAAGUACAAGUAGUCGUCAUAGCAACAGCAGUCAAGGCGAUAGAGUGUCCAAUGGGAGUGACAAGGGCGUCUCAGAAGGACAGGAAGGUGCUGCUUCUAAGGAAACACCUCAAAAAAGUCACAAACAUCAUCAUCACCAUCACCACCAUCAUCAUCACAAACAUUCAAGGUCCAAAGAUCAUCGGCGGUCCCACUCAGCAAAAUCAAAAUCAUCUCAUAAAUCCAGUCACUCAGACACAUCAUCUCAAACACCUCCCACCAAGAAAGCUCGAGUGGAGAUCAGCAGUGCCAAUGGAAUGACCCCAACAAAAAGCAGUAGUAGUUUCUCCAUGAGCCUUUCCUCGAGUCUGUCCAUGCUGAACGCCAGUAGUGCCACAGAUAAAGUGGAUGACCCUCACAGCUCUGAGCAUCUCAUUGCCCUACAACAACUACAGGACCAGCUGGACGCCAUGCGUAAACAACUCCAGGCCAAGGAUCAACAACUACUGGAAAAGGACAAGCAGAUCAAUGAACUCAAAGCGCAGGCUUACGAAGCUGAGAAAGAGUCUCGACUUAAGAUUCAGACCAUCCACAAACAUCAUGCUGGCACACUGGAGUCUCUCACGACCAAGAAUGCAGAACUGAUGAAACAAAUAAAAGAAUUAAAACCAGCCAAAGGAAAGAAUAUACGUUCCUGAUUAGAAGAAUGUUCUAGGACAUGAGAAAAUUAAUUGCGGAAGCAAAGAUCUGUACAAAAAUACACUGCACUAUAUUUCUUAAUAUUCCCUCUUGUAUCAUGUAUUUGUUUAAAACUUGUGUUUCAUUUGUGAAUGCUUCAUUAUUGUGCUGAAGAUAAAACUUUGGGAACCGGGGACAUAUCUCCAUGAUAGAUUUUCUUACACAGGGAUAUGUUUGGUUGUGUUUGCUUUAAUUGUCAGUCUUAAAAUAUAUUAAAUAAAUAUAUAUCAAAAAAAAGUUAUUUGCCAAUUUCUUUUCAUCAUCUUUAAUCAGACAAUGGGAAUUUAUUAAUUUUUUUUAAUUUAUUUUUUUUAUCGAUAGUUAUACACAAUAUCUUCAAUUUUGUGGGGUAUGGGUUUGAUCAGUCCCUAACUUGAUCUUUUAAACGCAGGUAUUAAUGUAUAUUCUUCAUGUAAACAACCAAAACCAUAAUCAUCAUAUCCUUCACUCAUUUCAUAAUUCAAAGAAUCAGCCAUAUAAUGGAAGAUUAAAAACAACAAAAUUCUUUGAAUUUAAAAAAUGCCAAAAUAUUGAUUUUUUUUUAAACAUUUUGUAAAAUAAA